AUGACAAACCACUCCGCCGACGAAGGCCUGUUCCAGCCAUACGACCAAUUCAUCCUCUUUGGCGACUCCAUCACUCAGCAGUCGACUUCGCCGGCCGAUGGAUUCGUCUUCCAGGCCGAGUUGCAAGAUGCCUACUGCCGCCGCUUGGAUGUCAUCAAUCGCGGGUUUAGACAAUUAACCGACAUCACCAGUGGCUAUACCACCGCUAAUGCGAUCAAUGUCUUUCCAAAAUUCUUCCCCACGCCGCAAAGAGCUACGGUGAAGUUGAUGACAAUCUUCUUCGGCGCCAAUGAUGCCUGUAUUCCAGGGACCUUCCAACACGUCCCUCUGGACAAGUUCAAGGAGAACCUGAGGCAACUCAUUCAACACCCCGCGGUGACAGCUCAAGGCACCCAGGUCAUCGUGCUCACCCCACCUGCAGUGAACGAGUACCAAAUGGACCCGGGUGACGGCUCCCCUUUGGCCCGAACCGCCAGUCACACCAAGAUCUAUGCAGAUGCUGCCCGGGAGGUUGCAACAUCGCUAGGAACCCCUGUCGCCGACAUCUGGACAGCAUUCAUGACGGCGGCCGGCUGGAAGGAAGGGGAGCCUCUGACAGGUUCGAAGGAGAUCCCCAAUAAUGCGAAACUGCAGAGUCUACUGACCGAUGGACUGCAUUUGACGGCGGACGGUUACCGGAUGGUUUUAGAGGUGGUGAUGGAAACAAUUCGACAGAAUUGCCCGGAGUUAAGUCCGGAGCAAUUGCCCUGGGUGCAUCCGCCCUGGACAGAGGCGCCGCGGUAUUAA